CGAAGCUGUUUUCAAUCCAACCAAACCUUUGGCAGAUUUGUUCCAGCAACAAAUGUAGCACAACGAUUAGUUUUUAAGCGGAAAGAACUGAAAGAAAAAUAACACUGCCCCCAAAGAAUUCACACAAUCAAUUCAUUCAUUACAUAUACAAACACACAAAAUAUGGCCAGUACAGCCUCCGCACCGGGCUACGUCCGGUUCACGGGCCACCGGCACCUCACGCAGCGCCUGGUCCUGUCGACGCUCACCGGCAAGCCGGUCCACAUCUCGGGCAUCCGCAGCUCGUCGCCGACGGCUCCCGGUCUCGCCCCGCACGAGAUCUCCUUCCUCCGCCUCCUCGAGACCGUCACCAACGGCAGCUCCAUCCAAAUCUCAUACACGGGUACCACCAUGACGUACCACCCGGGGCUCAUCACGGGCAGCGUGCCGGGCGCCGGCGCCGCCGUCAACGGGGACUCGAUCGAAUUCUCCCUGCCCGAGACGAACCGCCGCGGCAUCACCUAUUACCUCAUCCCCAUCGCCAUGCUGGCUCCCUUCUCCAAGGCCCACGUCAACAUUUGCUUCUCCGGCCCGGGCGUCAUUACCGCCGCGACCGAGCUGGGCGACAUGUCGGUCGACUCGUUCCGCCUGGCAAUCCUCCCGCUCUACGGCCUGUUCGGCAUCCCACCCGCCCGCAUCGACAUUCUGGUCCGCCAGCGGUCGUGUGCGGGCUACGGCGACAGGAGGGGCGGCGGCGUCGUCGAGCUACGCUUCGCCAGCCAGGUCCGCCUGCCCAAGACCCUGCACAUGAACCGGACCCCCGGCAGGAUAAGAAGGAUCGGCGGCGUCGCCUACUCGACCGGCGUCUCGGCUUCCAACAACAAGAGGAUGAUACACGCCGCCAGGGGGGUUCUGAACGCGCUGACGGGCGAGAUCAAGAUUGGCGAGGCGCCGCCGGGCAAGGACGACGCCAAGAACAAGAUUGGAAUCGGCUUCGGUCUCAGCCUGGUGGCUGAGUCGAGCGUCCCGGGCGUCGUCUACUCGGCCGACGUCGUCUCCCCGGCGAGGGGCGGCGCCCUGCCAGAGGACCUGGGCGCACAAUGCGCACAUCAGCUUCUUGAGGCCAUCGCCAAGGGUGGAUGCGUGAGUUGGGCGGCUGCGCGCUCUGUAUUGACCUUGAUGGCGAUGGGAUCGGAGGAUGUCGGCCGGUUGAGGAUAGGCAAGGACGUGGUGGAUGAAGAUACGAUCGGGCUGGCGAGGGAUCUGCGGAAAUUCGGUGCUAGCAGUUGGGGUUUGAGGGCAGUGGACGAUGAUGACACCGACGACAUGUUAAUCUCGGUCAAGGGCACCGGCGUCGGCAACGUUGGACGCAAGAUAGCAUGAGCAUGUCAUUCAGUAUACCCAUUAUACCCACUAAUAGAGCUUCACGUUUCCCACGG